AGAUAGGGACGGCACCUGCCGGCGAGGACCGGGCGCCCUCCUCCCCCCGCCGGGGGGGGCGGAGUCGCGUUGCGCCCCGCCCACUGCGCUGCCGCUGCCCCAACGUGGAAGUAGCCACCUGGCAGGUAUGAAAAUGAAUGUGAAUGUCAACUGCUCCUAAAAGAAAUGCUGGAACGGCUUAACAAGGAAGCUGAUGAAGCCUUACUGCAUAACCUGCGCCUUCAGAUCGAAGCCCAGUUUCUACAGGAUGAUAUCAGUGCAGCAAAGGACAGGUACAAAAAGAAUCUCCUGGAAAUUCAGACGUAUGUCACCAUCCUGCAGCAGAUUGUCCAGACCACCCCUCAAGCAUCUGCCAUCACAAGUGGGAUGAGAGAGGAAAAGCUCCUUACAGAACGGGAAGCUGCUGCCCUGCAGAGUCAGCUGGAGGAGGGCCGGGAGGUGGUGUCCCUCCUGCAGGCACAGAGAACGGAGCUGCAGGCCCAGACAGCAGCCCUGGAGCAGAGUAUUAAAGAUGCCCACGAGUGUUAUGAUGACGAGAUUCAGCUCUAUAACGAACAGAUUGAAAACCUGCGGAAGGAGAUUGAGGAGGCCGAGAGGAGCCUAGAGAGGUCUUCCUAUGACUGCCGGCAGCUGGUGGUUGCCCAGCAAACGCUGAAGAAUGAGCUGGAGCGGUACCAUCGGAUCAUUGAGAAUGAAGGCAACAGGCUUAGCUCUGCCUUCAUUGAAACUCCUGUUACUCUGUUCACCCCAAGCCAUGGAACCUCUAUCAGCUCUCGGCUUGGUGGGAAAGAUCUCGCUAGGGCUGUGCAGGAUAUAACAACAGCAAAACCAAGACAAAAAGGUGUCCCCAAGAACAUUCCAAGGAAAAAAGAGAUUAUAGCUAAAGACAAAGCUGAUGAGAAUCUGGAAGACAUACCCCUGCAAGGUCCAGAAGACACAAAGCUGGUGCAGGUGGUACCUAAAGAAGAAGGUGAAUCUAAGCUUGACUCACGAGGUGAUGAAGCAAGUCCCCUAACCCCAGAAGGGGCUCCAGAGGACGUGCCAGAUGGAGGGCAGAUAAGCAAAGCCUUUGGGAAACUAUUUAAGAAGGUCAAGGAGAAAGUGAAAAGCCCCAAAGAACCCGAGCCCCCCGCUGACCUCUACACCAAAGGGCGGUACGUGCUGGUCUCUGGGGAUGCCAGUUAUGUGGAUCCUGGGUUCUGCUCAUCCUCCAUCCCAGCCAAAGGGGGAGUGAUUAUUUCCAUUGAGGAGGACUCUCUGCAUCGUGACAGCCCUGCCGAGCCCUCUCCUGAGCAGCCCGGGCCGCCACUGGAGAAUGGACAGGAAGAUCUUCAGGGGAAAGAAGGUAGACACCCAUCCAACCAGCAUACUGCUGACAAGGAGAAUGAGAUUAAUGCUGAAGGGUUAAAAGGGCCCGGGGAGAAACAGGAUGACCAGAAGGAGGAUGAGGAGUCCAGGGGGCCCUGUCCCGUGGUCACCCCUGGUCCGGAGGGACCGUCUACACCGCAAUCUCAAAGAUCUGGGGUCAGUCCAAGUGGAUCUGAGGGGCACGGGGUUAGGAGCAGCAGCCCACAGGAGAGAAGUCCCCCCAGGACUUUGGCCUAUGAGAAGGUGGAAGUGAUGGAGUCCAUUGAGAAGUUUUCAACUGAGAGCAUUAAGACAUAUGAAGAAACAGCUGUCAUUGUAGAGACCAUGAUUGGGAAGACAAAGGCAAACAAGAAGAAAUCGGGAGAAAAGAGCUCUUAAAAUGUCCGGGCUCAAUGGGCUACAAUUUCUUUGGGGCCCCUGCAGGAGAAGUGCUUUGAUAUUUUAGAACAAAUGAUAAAAAAGAGUGAGGUGAGGGUUCCUUGUUUGGAUUAGACCAUAGCUGGCUCGUCUGACAUUGCCAAUGAAGCCUUCAUUAAAAAGUUUUCUUUGCUCGCACACCCUUUGUCUAAUUAACAGGGGCCUUGGGAGUGUAGAUGGGUCAGCCACGCUCAGGACAGGGAUGCCAUGUUCAAGGGCCAUCAAGCCCUGCUCCUUUAAGGAAAGAGACAAGCUUUUCAUCAUGGGUCAUCGAGAGACUAGGUAGAGAGUCAGGGAGUGGGUGGACUUCACCCAGAAGUGUGCUAGUCGAUGCAUCA